AGAACGUUACACAUCAGUCUCCGGUGUAAUGCUUGGGGGUGUGCCUUUCUAAUGCUAUUCAGCUGUCUGGCCUCACUGCUUCCGGGUGUAACGUCAGUGGGGUUAAAGCUGGAGUUUGCAGUUCAGAUGACCUGUGAGAAGUGCGUCAAUGCAGUAAAGAGCUCAUUACAAGGUGUAAAAGGUGUGCAGGACGUGACUGUCAGCCUGGAGUCAGAAUCUGUUAUUGUGAAGACUACGCUGCCAGCAUUGGAGGUGCAGAGUCUGCUAGAAAGCACAGGACGCAGGGCAGUGUUAAAAGGAAUGGGAAACAAUGCUGCACAAAACUUAGGGGCAGCUGUAGUGAUUAUGUCUGGAGAAGGAAAAGUGCAGGGAGUUGUUCGUUUUCUUCAAGUAUCUGAGAACACCUGUGUCAUUGAUGGGUCUAUUGAUGGCCUAAGUCCCGGGCUCCACGGUCUUCACAUACAUGAGUUUGGUGAUCUCUCUGGCGGAUAUGAGAGCUGUGGUGCACACUUUAAUCCUGAUGGUAAUACACAUGGAGGUCCUGGAGACCACGACAGGCAUGUUGGGGACCUGGGAAACAUCUUUGCUGGAGAUGAUGGGCGAGCAGUAUUUAGGAUUACCAAUGUACGCGUGAAGGUUUGGAAUGUUAUAGGCCGCUCAUUAAUGGUGGACAAAGGAGAAGAUGACCUUGGAUGUGGCAGUCACCCUUGCUCUAAAGUUACAGGCAACUCGGGCAAAGGGUUGGCUUUUGGCAUCAUUGCCCGCUCUGCGGGUCUUUUUGAGAACACAAAGAAAAUUUGUGCUUGUGAUGGAGUGACCAUUUGGGAGGAAAGAGAUUAUCCAAUUGCUGGACCAGGCCGAAAAAACUUGCAGACCACGGCGUCAGCAGCGGAUAAGAUUGCGAAGGGCCCAGCAGCAGAGAAGGUGGCGAAGGGCCCGGCGCCACUCGUUCUCUGCCAUAGCGGGACCCAGCGCCACAAGCAGCACCCCUGGACCAAUUCCUCCGCCGCCGGCAUUUGCGGACCCGCCUCGUCUUGGGUUCCAACGCUCACAGUUGGAGGACGCAGGCAGCCUUCCAGGUCCCACAGCAGGAGGACACUGGAGAGGAAGGCGCAGCCCUCCCCAAAUCCAGCAGGAGGAAGCCAGGCCAGCCAGCCCCUCGGGCCCUAGCAUGGACAGUGGUGGGUGGACCAGCCCAGAACAACCACUGUACUGUGCAUCCAGCUCCUCGGAGGAGGAGGUGGCAGCAGCACUACCUCCUGCAUACAGCAGGCCUCCCCCAGGCUUACAUUCCCCCAUACAACCAGAGGAGGAAUCUGAGGAGUGGUCCGACACUCCUGCACUACCAUCAACGCCUGCUCCAUCAUCUAAAUCGGGCUCAUCCACCCCAACUUCACUGACCCAUUCACCGGGACCGGCGGACCCGGCUCGUCCCGUGCUACUCCGGAGAAUCCGCCAGUUGCUUUCAAUAGCAAAUAUAUUAUUUUAUAGAAUAGCUGAUAAUGUGUAAAAUGUAUUUAUUUUGUUUUGUUUUUGUUUAAUAUAAUAAUAAUUUGUA